AUAUUUCAGAUAUGGAAUCACAAAUAUUGAACGGAGAUCCCGAACAGGAGUAUACAGCCGGAGUUCGUCUAGUCGUGCUCAAUCUACCCGAAGAUGAAGGUGAGGGUCUUGGUUUCCGGCUCACAAGGACUUUGUGGGACCCGUAUCCUUGGAUCCAUGAAGUGACUGCAGACUCCAGAGCCGAUAACGCUGGUUUGAAGAGAGGGGAUUGCUUACUUCAAGCAGAUGGCAAGGAUUUGCUUGGUCUACCGAUCGGUAAAGUAGCUGGUCAUAUACGUGGCGACGGUGAGGGGCAUGGCGUUUCUCUGUUAGUCUGGAACUGUGGCGUUGACCCCAAAGAUGAUCCCGAGUUGCUGUGGAGCUGCGGCGGGGGUUCCCGGGGCGAAAAGUCUCGUCGUGCACUCGCUGGAGUCGUGAAGGCUCUGUCGUGCUGCGUGUGCGCCGCGACCGCGACCAAAGCUCUUAACUGUGCACGAUCACAUUUGUAUUGUGAAGGUUGUUGGAACAGAUUAGAAAGGUGUGCGUUGUGUCGAGAGACGCUGCCCGCAAAAGAUUCGCCCUUCGCGAGGAACUUGAUUGCUGAACAGGUAUUCGAAGCGAUAGCAACAGAGUACGAAAUAAAGCAUGCUAUAAAAAGUAUUCAAACGAAAUCAGCACACACGUCUCCGAGCCGAUCUCCGAAUAUUUCACCCACGACGAGUCGCAAAGGACAGUACCAACUAUCAAUGAUGCAGAGAAAUCGUAAAAACAUCCAAACGAACGAGAAAUUCGCAUCCGAUCCGAAUAUUAAUCGACAUCUAGAUCCUCAAACGUCGCGCAACACUAAACCGUUAGAAAAUUGUCACACGUGUACGUCAACCACUAAAGUGACAGGAAAUUUUCACACUAGCAAUAUUAAUGAUAAUGGCGGGAAAUGCUGUCAAAAUCAAACAGGUGACAUUAACGAAUCUCAUAUGAAAAACGAAUUGAAAGUACCGAUGAUUAAUAUCGAAGAUACGAACCACAACUGUCCUUGUAAUUGUCAAUUACAGCAUAGAUUAGUCGCUAGAUUGCGACAGGCAUGCUCGUUGGCUGAUUUACAAAACGUCGCCGCGAACAGUUCUAGCUUGUCGAAAUCUUUGAAUAACAUUCCUUUGAAUGAACAGAAGAAUAAUAAUGGUCAACAUAGUAGUUCUAUGGAUAACUUAAAAAAUGCAGAACCACCGGUAUUCCUGCUAUCAGCUCCGCCGAUUUAUGUACUGACAUGUGAACAUAGUCAAUAAACUCUGUUAAUUUGAAUUGCGCUGCGGAAAACUUUUUAUUUUUAUA